ACUACUACUACUACUACUACUACUACUACUACUACUACUACUACUACUACUACUACUACAAACCCUUUUCGUAGAGACACUAGCUAUCAAGAUGUUGGUCAAGAUUCUCAUCACCAGAAUCUUGUUCUGCCUUGUAAACUUCGCCACCGGCGCUCCCAUCAACGUCGAUCCUCGGAAACCACCACCAAUGCAGGGCCCCGGCGGAUAUGUCUCAGUGCCUACAUAUGCGUCGAACGGCUGUGACCUUAUCACACCCACCGCUGAGACCUGGAGGCAACACCUACCGAACAUCAAGGUAUUUGCAGCUGCGUACUGGACCGGCUAUCUGAACGACCCAAGCUACAACUCAUUUCCGCACUAUCUUCGCGACAAGCUUGCGCCCAAUGUAGCGCCAAGUGCCUCCUAUUGCGACACUGUUGGAGGGUGCAGCUUCUCCUGUCAAGCUCUCAAUCCCUCGCUACCGCAACACGAUAGGCAGAUGGCAUACUUCCUCUUCGAACAGAUCGCCGGUGUGGACCACCUGUUCAAGAGCCUUCAUCUUGGUCUACAGGAAGGUGCAAUGUAUGCGGAUGGACAAGUGCCUUCACUUGUGCAGACAUACAGCGCUGCAUCACGCAUCUCGACGCAAAUCCAACAGGAAAAGAACGACCACAAGAGGAAUGAGAAGCUGGGUAUGGCUGUCGUCUCCGGUCUACUGAUGAUGGUUGGUGGGGCACUAGCCAUCCCAGGUUUCAUUGGUCUCGACAAGACUGCCGCGCCUCCGAUGGUCAACAUGGCCGCGUCUACCUACAUCUCCAUCAUCGGCACAAUCAACAACGCUCGAGCCGAUCCUGUGAAGCUUCCUUCCAAUGUCGAGGCGAUUAUACGCUCAUCCCUAAACGAGUUUCGCCAUCACAGUAUGAUCAGCAUUGCACAUGAGAUGAAGACGCUCAUGGAAGGAGACAAGAAUAACCAUGGACAAGACCUGCUCACUAUCAUGCAGGGCCAGGACUUCUUCAGAAGAGAUGGAAAUAUCCAAGAGGAUAUCAUGAAGAUGACCGAAAGGAUCUUCAAACAUAGCGUCAUCAACGCACUGUGGCAAUGGGAAAGGCCCUACAUCGUUGACGCUGACGUGCCAACAGGUGGCUGUGAGUGGGAUUUUCGUGGGCCGACCGAGAACCGAGUUUGCCUGCCGGAACGCCCGGAUCACGCAUACUACAUGUACGCCUUGGAUAUUUCGCAGGAGAACGACCCUGGCAAAAACCACAAAGCGUUGAUCCAUGGCCCGACUGGUUACCGUAACUUCUUUGAACAGCAGAACGGCGACGUUUACGGAGCUACCAAGGAAGAUGUCGUCCGCUCGUCCCUUUUUGUCCACGAGCACAAUCUGUAUGACGCUCUACAAACUGCUGACUUCCAGACGGUCCAGUCGGCUCUAGGACAAGCGAUGAAUGCGGGCAACGGCCAAUAUAACCUCAUGGGAGCCUACACGUUACCGAUCGCACGCAAUCCACGUGGUGAAGCCAUUUCCAGUGUCUGGUCCAAGCAUGGUCGGAACUACCCUUGCAUCGUUGGCGAGUUCGGCUGGAACGACAACACAUACAAUCCCUCCCUGGAUCAGACCUUCAACUUCCUCCAUCGAACUGGUCUUAUGUUCUCGGAGGAUUGGGAGAACUUUUGCCACAAUGAAGGCCAUUGCAAAGGCGACAAUGAUGUGGAUUGGCAUUCCCAACUUGACGCUCUUCGUAAACCAGGUGAUCCGGAAAUUCCCCCCCGCCUGAAGCACCCUUUCAAACAGUGCAAGCAGAAGACCAAGCACGAGAUAGGUUACCCUUCUCGAGACUCCAAUCCUCCUCGUGAGAGGGGUCUGAGUGCUGAAUUCACGAAUGCGACAAUUUCAUAA